AUGGGGACCAAUCCUGGUGUCGAUGUUCGGAUAGGAUGGGACGAAAGUGAGCAGAAGGAGUUUAUGAAAGCCAUUCGGCAGCCGCUCAUGGUCCAGACCCCGCUCCAACUGGUGAUUGAGAAUCUCUUUCAACGGCUACAAGCGCAAGCAAGCUUUGUGAACCAAAUGAAAGAGAAGAUGGACCGAAUCGCUGUCAAGGACGUGUCCGCGGAUGAGCUGUUGCACCGCAUCAAGCUGUUGGAGGCGCAGCAGGGGGACGCGGCGGGUCCCAAACUCAAUCCGUUCAACCAGCAGGAGAUCCUAAACCGGCUGGAGGCGCUGGAGAAGAAGCUUGCGGACGGGGUUGGGGAGAAAGGCUCUGGCACUCAGCGAGAUCGCCAGCCCAGCCGCGACGACAGCGCGGACCUGGAGAUCCGGUUGUCCCGCCUGGAGAAGCGUCUCACCGGGGUCUAUAACAUCAACGGCAAGCUGGUGGCGGUGGAGCAGAUUGCCAGCGGCCUAGGGGUCGCAAUUCCGGAUCUGGAGUACCCCACAGGCGGCGGGCCGCAGCAGCAGCAGCAGCAGCCUCCGGCGGCGGCGGCGGGGCCAGCGGUGCAGCCGCUGCCGCAGGUACAGGCAUGGCGGCCGCCAGCGGCUCCGGCGGGGCCGCAGCAGCACAGCACACAGCAGCUGGCCCCGAUGGAUUGGACGCGGCCGCGAGCGGCGGCGGACGCCACUGCUGCCGACGCCCCUGGCGACGACGCGGCGGCGCCCGUGGGCUCCAGGCUAACAGGUGUCCGCAGUGCUAGUCCUGGCAUGGGCCUCGCGGAGUACAUGCUUGGCGGCGCGCAGCCCCACUCGGCGCCACAGACUCGCGGCAGCUCACCCAGCCACAGCCCCCGCUUGGUCGGAACGCCCUCCAGCCCGCGCCUGCUUGGCUCGCCCUCCUCUGGCGGCGCGGCUGCGGCGCGCGGGGGGCUGGGCUCCGCCGGUGGCGCCGGGGGUGCCAGCGGCGGCCCGGUAUCCGCACAGAAGCUCGUCCAGCUCGGCCAGGAGGUUACAUCGCUGCGCACUGAGAACGACUCGCUUCGGAAUACAGUGGAUAGUUUGCUUCAGCAGGUUUCAGGGCUGCGGGCGGGCCUGGGAUCAAACGCUGUGGAGUCACUUAGUCGGCUGCAGCAGGUUGAGGAGGGCGUGAGCGCGCUGCGUGCGCAGGUCGCGGACCUGGCGGCGGCGCGACGCGACGCGGCGGCCCGCAGUGGUUCCGAAGUUACCUUUGCAGAUUUCAGUCUGCUGCGCAGCCAGGUAGAGGGUGCGGUGGCGGAAGCCAAGGCGCAGGCAGCGGCGGCAGCGACCCUGGCGGAGCGGGAGCUGCCGGCGCUGGCGGCACGUGUGGACGAGCUGGCGGAGGCGCUGAAGAAGAAGGGCGAGCCGCGUGACAUUGAUGCACUAUUCCACGAACGGAUUAACGGGCUGGAGACGGCGAUGGGGGAGAUGAAGACGGAGCUUUUGGGCUCGAUUGAGUCGGCGCUGGAGGCGGCGGUAAAGGUGGACGACUUGCAGGCGUUGGAGGAGGUCCUGGAGGCCAAGGCGCCAUUUGAUGCAGUACGGCUGCUGCAGCAGCAGACGCACGCGCUGGGGCAGGCGGUGGCGGGUAUCAGCGACGCGAUUGCGCUGCGGCCAGACCUUGGCGAGGCGCUGCGCGCCGGCGCCGCUGGCGGCGGGCCAGCAGGCCCGCUAGCCACCAAGCUACGCUGCCUGACCUGCGACCAGCCGAUUAAGAACCUGCCCGGGCUAGGCAGCCUCAGCGCCGGCGGCGCCGCCGCAGCGGCAACGGCGAAAGGCAGCUUCCUGCCCCGCCUGGAGUCUAUGCCUGCCAAGGAAGGGCUGCCGGGUGGCCCCGGGUUGAUGAUCGCGGACCUCAGGUCCAGUAAGGAGGACCGCCUGGCGGGGCUGCAAGUGGGUUCAGGGGUACCGGGCCGUGGGCCUGGCGGCGGCGGUGGCGGCGGGGUGGUAGGGAUCAAGCCGGGAGAUUUGGAGGAGUACGUGAAUGGGGUUGGGGGACUGGCAGGGUUGACGGGGUCUGGCACCGGGCAGCGGGAUGGGAGUCCGGGGAGGGCAGUGGAGCGGUCGCGUGCGGCUCGGGUGCCGGUAGGGGCCCCAGGGCUGAGCGAGUGCCUAGCCGGCGAGAUGGGCUGCUGCGGCGACAGCUGUUGCUCCUCGGCGGUCGUCUCCCGAGCUCUUGCUGAGUACUGUCAGCACAGUGACGCAGCCCGUGAGGCCUUUGUCGCAGCUAAGGGUCUCGACGCUUUGCAGGUGGCUGCUCCUGCAGCCCCCAAGGUCGCCGACAGGUCCAACAGGAUGCUGCAUAUGACUGCAGUGGGCACCAGGACGGCUUUGUUCGUACGAGUGUCAGACCCGACCACCAUGGCCACAAGCUUGCCAGUGUCGACCGAGAAGCAGCCGCCACCUGAAUCACCAACACCUGCAACAAUGUCACCGCAGAUGUGGCUGUGCGCAUCCGGCUCGGUCGCCGCCACCAUGCCGUGGCUGAUGGAUGUGGCGUCUGCUUGCGCCUGCGUGGACUGGCCGUGGACAUAGUACUUGUCGCCAGCCAAGACACCAAAGUCCAGCACCGGGGGCACCAGCUCACGCUGCACCUGAGGAUGGCAACGUCUAGGAUGGGCUUGAUGCGCACCACCGUUGAGUC